CGAGCCGCGGAGAGGUGGCAGAGUUCCGUGCAGUGCCGGGCCGACGUGCGCGCCAGCCGCUCGACACCACCGCUCGCGCACGCUGCAACGCGACAACCGUUGUGCAACGAUGUCCACCGCCGCUGCAGCGGUGCUCCUAUUCGCCGCGCUGCGCUUUGCCGCAGCCGAUAUUCCGCCUUACAUUAAAGUGUGCCAGCGAAAUGACCCUAACGUCGACAAAUGCAUCAUGAAUUCGGUGGACCAACUACGACCGAAGAUGAUAAAUGGUAUACCAGAGCUGGAUGUGCCGGGUCUGGAGCCCUUGAGUCUGGGCCAGAUUGCGCUCGCUCGCGGGCCACAGGGCGCCAAAUUGACCGCAGUUGUCAACGACGUCAAGGUCCGAGGGCCGAGCAACUUCAUCAUUGAAGAGUUAACGUCUGACUUGGACAAGAAUCGGUUCGACUUCAAGUUGCUGUUGCCGAGGCUGGACUUCACGGGCAAAUACAAGAUGGACAUUCAAGUGCUGUUACUGCGGCUGCAGGGCCGUGGGAACAUCACCGGAACAUUUAAGGACUACGCAUGUAAUGUUACCAUGAAGGGGCACAAAGAGACGCGUGGAGAUGAAGAGUAUCUGCAGUUUGAUCCAUUCAAGGUGCGCCUGCGCGUUGGUCAGUCGUCCAUCUACCUCACCAAUCUGUUUGAUGGCGACCCAGUGCUGGGACCUGCAACCAAUCGCGUUAUCAACGAGAACUCGCAAGUCUUCCUUCAAGAAAUAAGUCCGGUUCUAGAACGCUCCCUUGGGGAACUCUUUAGGGAGAUGGCCAACAAGAUAACGUCUAAGUUCACAUAUAAAGAACUGUUCCCGUGACACUUAGAGUAGACGUAAGGAGAUAAAUUUAUUUAAUAUUUAAGUCAAAAGUUGAUGAUUGUGACCUAUCGAAGGCUUUACUGUAAAUGUUUAAACCUAAUUUCAUUUUAGCAUUCACAUUCAUAAAUUUCUUUGUUGAAAAGACAAAAAUAACAAAGAUGCAUAAUUGUGAAAAUAAUAAGAUAUUAUCCCUAAAUGUUCAUAAUAGCAUAAAAAAACAGACUGUAUUAUGUAUAUUAUAUUAAUUUCGAGAAAGUAGUGAUCUUGUCGAUUUCAUAAACUCCU